AUGACAGUGACUCUAGAAGAUGCCAAGUCUUGGAUCAGAAAGAGAACAGAAAAACAGAUUAAUCGAUAUGAAGUUCUUCCCCUGAACGGACUGGCCGAUUCAGUGGCCAGUUGCCACCACAGAACUGGCUCUAGCGGAAGCCGUCAGCCACAAGGGCUAAGCCACAUCACAUACGAAAGCCCCCACACCUCUUCGCACUCAAUCAAGAGCAUCACGACCUUACUGAGCGGCGCAUCACACCUCAGCAUCCAGUUCAACCGCCCACCAUGCUCUUCUUCAGUCACUGACGUUACGCCCACUAGUUUCUUCAAGACGCUCAUCGACCACGAGGUCACCGUCGAGCUCAAGAACGACAUCCAGAUCCGCGGCAUCCUCAAGAGCGUCGAUCAGUACCUCAACAUCAAGUUGGAAGAAAUCUCUGUCGUCGAGGAGCUCAAGUACCCGCAUCUGAGCUCUGUCAAGAAUGUCUUCAUCCGCGGCUCUGUCGUUCGUUAUGUUCACUUGCCCGCUGGCUCAGUAGACGUACCCCUUCUGGAGGACGCGACGCGCAGAGAGGCUGCUGCCCAGGCCGCAAAGGCGAAAUAG